CAAAAGCAGUUUGUAAAUUGGUCACUGUUGAAGUCGAUUGUCGAAACGAGAAUCUCGAAGGCCCCGCCUAUAAAUCCUGUAAAUAUAAUUUACUCCGGCUUUCGCGAUGAUGCUUUUAUAAAAUAGGCUAAAUAGGUAAUAUUUUUUUCAAAAAAUUCUUACAGAAACAUUGUGUUUUUGGGAUCUAUCGAGUGUAUCGAAAAGCAUUUAUCGAUUUACCGACCGUAGUUGUAAAUGUGAGUUUGUGCGUGUUUUUGCGUCUGUUCGGUCGUUUUGUAAAGUGUAUUCAGAACGGCUGAGGGUUUACCGUUACUCACGUUGAGCGCUAUAGAAGUUUUUAUGUUAUAAUUGGGCGUCAGUUUGGUGUUAUUAUUAUUACUAUUUUUAGUGGGUGUUGUCACCGUACCUUGGGCUUCAUUCGGAUUAGGUCAUCGAGUGUGGUGAACAUGUGUGCCGGACAAAAGUGUUCUAUCAUUAAAUGAGACUUGUUUGAUUUCUUAUUAGAUCUGUGAGGAAGCAGAGUGGUGGAACAAUGGAAACCAGUAAACUUAUAUGUGUCUUCGCGAUAUUGUCGCAAGCGGCAGCUUUGCUGACGUCGCCGCCGCGGAUCGUCAAGCAGCCGACGGUGGAGGAGCUGCUGUUCCAAGUGGCGCAGCCCGGCGAGGUGGACAAACCCUUCAUCAUCGAGUGUGAGGCGGAGGGCGAACCCGCUCCUAAGUACCGCUGGAUCAAGAACGGGAAACCCUUCGAGUACACGAGUUACGAUAACCGAAUCUCCCAGCAGCCUGGACGUGGUACUCUAGUCGUCUCCGCACCCAGGAACGAGGACCUUGGACAGUACCAAUGUUUCGCCUACAACGAAUGGGGAACCGCAACAUCCAACUCCGUAUUCGUUAGAAAAGCGGAACUGAACUCCUUCAAAGAAACCGAUGGUCCCCAACAAACCAUUAUCGCUCAAGAAGGCCUACCAUUCAAACUCACUUGCGAACCACCCGAUGGCCAUCCGAGCCCAAACGUCUACUGGAUGUUGCAAGGCGAUCAAGGGCAGCUGAAAACCAUAAACAAUUCUCGAAUGACGUUGGAUCCUGAAGGAAACUUAUGGUUCUCGAACGUAACUCGAUUCGACGCGAGCGAAGACUACGCUUAUACGUGCGCAGCGAAAUCCGUAUUUAGGAAUGAGUAUAAGCUGGGCAACAAGGUGUACCUGCAAGUGCAGCAUACGGGAAUUUCACCGACACUGAACAAGCAUGAACCCGUCCGGCAAUACACUACUAGGAGGGUGGAGAAGGCAUGGCGCGGAAAGAAAGUUGAACUCUAUUGUAUUUAUGGCGGAACGCCCCUCCCUCAAGUGGUGUGGAAGAAGGACGGACGAACCAUCCUAUCCUCUCAGCGGAUAACGCAGGACAACUACGGCAAGACGCUGGUGAUCAAGCGCACGGGCUACGAGGACCAGGGCACCUACACGUGCGAGGUCAGCAACGGCGUGGGAACUGCUCAGACUUACUCCAUACAGCUCAAUGUUGAGGCCGCACCAUUCUUCAUCGAAGAACCCCAGUUCCAGAACCUAGCGGAAGGAGAGACCGCCGUCAUCAACUGUAAAGCCGGCGGUACUCCAGAGCCCAUGAUAUCAUGGGUGCACAACGGCAAACCCAUCGAGCAGGCAGAACACAACCCGCGCCGCGUGGUUUCGGCCAACUCCAUCACUAUCACUGACCUGGUGAAGAAGGACACUGGCAACUACGGUUGUAACGCCACCAAUUCCAACGGAUACGUCUACAAGGACGUGUACAUCAACGUGCAAUCAAUACCGCCAGAAAUCAAGGAAGGUCCGGAGAACUUGACGAAAGUGGACGGAUCGGAGGCGGUUCUCAAGUGUCGAGUGUUCGGCGCGCCCAAGCCUAUCGUCAGGUGGAUGAGGGACGACGUCGAUUUGACUGGCGGCAAGUACAACAAAACCCCGGAUGGCGACCUGGUGAUCCCCGACGUGUCGUAUACGGACGUGGGCACAUACCAAUGUUACGCCAAGAACAAGUUUGGGGAAAAGUCUGCUUUCGGCUCGCUCACUGUGAAAAAACGUACUGUAAUCACCGAUAAGCCGGAACACUACGAAGUGGCCGCGGGCUCUUCAGCGACCUUCCGUUGUAACGCCAACGCGGACGACUCGCUCAAGCUAGAGAUCAUCUGGCUCAACGACGGACAACCCAUCGAUUUCGAUAACCAGCCGCGUUUCCGCAUGACCAACGACUACUCCCUGCUCAUAUCCGAUACUACCGAGUUGGACUCCGGGGAGUAUACGUGUAUUGCGAGGACUGCCAUCGAUGAGGCGCGCGCGCAAGCCACGCUAACUGUGCAAGACAAACCGAAUCCACCCAAACUCGACGGUAUCGACUGCCACGAGAAGGUGGCAACCCUACGCUGGCACUCUAUGGGUGACAACCGCGCACCCAUCCUACGCUUCUCAAUCCAGUACAACACCACCUUUACCCCUGACACCUGGGAUUUAGCCUCCGACUCAGUGCCAGCCAUCGAUACCUCCUGGACCGUCGAACUGAGUCCCUGGGCCAACUACACGUUCAGGGUUAUAGCGUGGAACAAAAUAGGACCAUCUACCCCGUCUUCUCAUUCUGAUGUGUGUACCACUCAGCCGGAUGUGCCGUACAAGAACCCGGAUAAUGUUGAAGGCAAGGGACGUGACCCCACCAAUAUGGUCAUUUCUUGGACGAAAAUGCCCCAAAUCGAGCACAACGGCCCCGGCUUCUAUUACUUCGUAUCGUGGCGACGCAACAUUUCCGGCGCCGCGUGGAGCGACCAACAAGUACGCGACUGGCGACAGACGGAACUUGUCGUGCUCAGUACACCCACCUUCCAGCCCUAUAGGAUCAAGGUAAUCGCUGUCAACUCCAAAGGAACUUCGAAUGUUGCGCCAGUAGAAGUAAUCGGAUGGUCAGGAGAAGACAAACCCCUGCAAGCUCCUUCCAACUUCACCCUCGUGCAAGUGACCACCGGCACCACUGCCCUGCUCAGCUGGAACCCUGUCACCCCGGAAUCCGUCCGUGGACACUUCAAGGGGUACAAAAUCCAGACCUGGAUAGAUGGAGAAGAGGACAGGCCAAAAGAAAUCUUUGUCAAAGCCGAUGCAUCGAGUGCUUUAGUAUCCAAAUUCAGGCCAUUCAGAAAGAACAACGCCAGAAUUUUAGUCUACAAUGGAAGAUUCAACGGACCACCAAGCGAAACCUUAAGCUUUGUUACCCCUGAAGGUAAACCGGGAACCGUGCGAUCAUUCGAAGCAUACCCAAUCGGAUCAUCAGCCAUGCUCCUCAAAUGGGACAAACCAAUGAACGAAAACGGAAUUUUAACAGGCUACAAGAUUUACUACCAGAAAGUAUCCGGAACGAACAUAGGUCCUUUACAAGAGAGGAAGAAAGAGAUCGAUCCGAAAUUCGACCGCGCAAAGCUGGCAGGACUCGAACCCAACACGAAAUACAGAAUCGAGAUUCGCGCGAAGACGAAAGCAGGGGAAGGUGAUAAAUAUUACGUAGAACAGACUACUAAAGCAAUGGUUAACGCAGUUCCGGAUGUACCACUUUUUGAGACCAGUACAUUGCCUGCUAAGGAGGGGACAGCCCAUAUCCUAGUACGGUGGAUUCCCUCAUUGGAAGGUCACGCUGGUACUCACUUCGUAGCGUGGUACAGGUUGAGAGGUCACCCGGAGUGGUUGCAAAGCAAUGAAGUGACAGAAGAUGAUUAUGUGAUUUUGACUGGUUUGGAGCCAGGGCAGGAGUAUGAGGUGAAAGUGACGGCGCAUGACGGGGAGUACUUCAGUACCAGUGAAACGAGGGUUGUUGAUACUACUAUUGAUGGUCCUCACGUGAGUCUGCGCGAGGAGACAACGGCCACGGCCAGCUGGUUCAUCGGCGUGAUGGUAGCGCUGGCCUUCCUGCUGCUGGUGCUGGUGCUGGUGUGCGUGGCGCGGCGCAACCGCGGCGGCAAGUACGACGUGCACGAUAGAGAGCUGGCGCACGGUCGCGCGGACUGUCCAGACGCGGCCUUCCACGAGUACACCACCCCCCUGGACAACAAGUCGCGCCACUCGAUGAGCAGCGGCACCAAGCCAGGCGGUCCUGAGAGCGACACCGACUCCAUGGCGGAGUACGGCGAAGGCGAAACUGCGGGCAUGAACGAGGAUGGGUCGUUCAUCGGACAGUACGGCCGCAAGCGCCGCGCGCCGCCCGCCGGUCGCUUCACAGAGGACGGUUCGUUCAUCGGGCAGUACGUGCCGGGCGCGCGCGUGCUCCCCCCGCCGCCCGCGCCGCCCGCGCCCCUCCCCGGCCUCACGCAGCCACCCACAUACGUGUAGACACACAACACACCAACGCUGCGACACGAGAAACCGACCACUGACGAAGCCAAACUUAUUGUAAGGGUAAAACCUCAGCGUUUUGAGUGGCGUGCAACGUCCGGGAGAGCGUAUGGCGACUUGACGACACUUAGUAUGAGGUUUAUAGAGCGCAAUUUACUUUGCUCAGACUUAAGAUUGAGUUAAAACGAGACAGAUUUAUCUGAGUGAUAUACAUCUGUCUCGUUUUAACUCUGUCUUAAGUCUAAGCAAAGUCUGAGUGCGCUCUGUAGAUUUCAACAUUAGGGCGCUUGUGUGUAUGAAGAAGUGAUGCACACGAACGCUGCACGCACCGCCCCACCACGUCACGCUCUAUUCUGUCCACGGAGAAGCGCUCGCUUUGUAACGUAAUCCCAUACAAAUGAUAAAGAAAAAAAACUCAGUGGGUGGUUACCAUUUAGAGUCACCAACCAAUCACAAGUGAAACAUAUGUUUUCGAAUGAAUUUGAUUAAAUUUCGCAUGUUUUUUGAAAACAUUUUGGGAUUACGUAACAGAGAGAGUCCUAUACUAACUUUUCUCCGUAGAUAGUGUAUAAAGCGGGUCCUUAGGCUUACAAGAUUUUAGUCAAAUUAAAACGCAUCAAUGAUUUCAAAGGUUAAAAGUCACUUCGAUCUAAAAUGUAAUGACUCAUCCUGAAUAAAUUGUAUGGAAGAACCAGUAUUCAGUGGUCGGUUUCACAACAUAUUUCUGGAAAGUGUGCACUUAACGCAUUGUUACGCAAUAUAAAAAAACUGAUGCUGAGAAAAGACGUGCACUCUCAAUCGUUCACGCUGAGAAAAUAUCGAUAUUUCUUUAAGCGUAUGAAAUAUUUUCACUAUUUAUAUGUAUAUUUUCACUGCCACUAUUUUCAUCAGGAACUAAAUUUUCAUCUCAUUGGCUAAUUCUGUUAUACACAAUCUCUAAACUAAAUACUAAUAAACUAAAUACAAAAUGUAGUGCAGUAUUUCUUCGCAGGGAGCAUUAUGGAAGAGAUGACAAUACACUUAAGCUAAAAUCUAUAGAGGGCAUUUGACUUUGCUCAGGCUUAAGACACUGUUAAAACGAGACAGCGUUAUACCGCUGGCAUAAUCUGUCUCAUUUUAACUGAAACUAAAGUCUAAGCAAAGUCAAAGUGUGCUCUAUAGAUUUCAACCCAAGACCUGACAUUUUACUUUAAUUUAGAGAUUGUGUAUUAGUCACAUUAUCUGUAUUUAGUUUAAAUAUAUUAGUGCGAAAGGCUCUAAAGGGUUAGAACCCAGAGCCAUGAAGUCAGUUAAAAAAUGUGUUUGAAAAGGAGCCGCUAGGUUUAGCGAAAUGCCUAUUAUGUUAUUGAACAGUGUCAGUAUUGAUGGGUGAUGGUAAAAUGACUUUAUUUUUCAAAUACAAAUAAAUAUUUCGGACGGCGAAUAUCACAUGCCUUAUCUAUCAUAUGAGCAAUGCAUAUUUUGAAUGAACUAAGCACAUCUCCUAAUAAAAUAAAAAUAAAAACGAAAUUGCAAAAAAAAAAUAGCAAAAAGAGGUGGCUCUUUGCGUUGUAUCCCUGAAGCAAAUACCUACUUAUCGCUAUCCCACUUCAACGGCCGAGCGAGAGCGAGAGGUCGGACGCCACUAAGGUCUAACCUCUCGCUCUAUUCGUUAAUCGAAGUGGGAUGGCGAUAAGUAGUCAUUUGCUUCAAGUAGGUAUUAGGAGCGCCUGAUCCACCUUUUUUAUGGUCGUAUCUCUUAUUACGUCUUGAAGUUACGAUUUACGACACAUCACAAAGGUAAAAAAUUUCUUGGGAUGAUAAUGCACACUAAUCUACUAAAGAGAUUUCGAUUCUUUGGUGUUACAGUUAAAGGGAGCAUGUGUCUAGUUAAUUUAAUCGAGUUAUAUGGAUUUGUUUAAUUACGAGACUGAUUUUAUGUAAAUUAAUGAGGAGUCCUCAUAACCUGGCACUGCAAAUUUAGAUCUUUACACUUUACUUACGCAUACAUAAGAAAUAACGUCUUUAUCUAGAAAUAUCCUUUAGGGGGUGAAUGUGGAAUAAUACUAAAAUAAUCACCGAUUUACAUCUAAAAUUACACCCUGAAGGGGUAACUCGUAAUAGUGGACUUUCCCUUUAAAUCUAGUGAUAUUUUCUCUUAGGGGGUAACUAGUAAACUUGGAAUAAACACAAGUAAGCCAAGAGUAGUCCUCUGUAUUGACUCAUCUGUUAGACACGUUAUAAAGUAUGGUGUUAAGGAUUUCAAUUAAGAUUUUAAGCCUAGAACACACAGUUUAUGCAACACGCAGAUUAUGCAACUCAACUCAUUGGAAACGACUCGGUUACGUUUUAAAUAAUGGUUGACUUAUUCUGUUACGUUUGUGAUUUGCCGUCUGUUUUGGACUUAGAAGUGGAGAUUAUGUCGUUAUACAGGGUGUACAGUAACAAAUGAAUAGCUGACGAUUUACAGUUAAUGAACUAAAUUAGUUAGUACCGAUUCAAAAUUAAAAACAAAAAUUCAAAAUCUUGUUCUAUGAAGAUUUCAAAACUAUUAUGACAUUGGAUAUCGAGUUACUAACAAAAACGGGCUGCAGCCUGCAAAUUGUUCAGAGUAAAAUAAUAUUUUUAAAGUAUUAUAUUAUUGUAAUAAAAUAUUGUCUACGGUAUCAGUAUGUCUUGUGGUCUUGUCACUGCACACCCUGUAUACAGGCAGCGAAUACUCGCGUAGAACAUAGAAGGAUUUGGGCUCGAUAUCAAUUACUUGUAAUAAUAAGGAUACGGUUUAGAUCGCGAAGUGUCGGUGUAUAAAAAAAUGCUAUUUUUGUCACAGAUAAAAUAAAGAGAGAAUUAAGUAUUGAAAGAUAGUCUAAGAUACCAAAAAGUGAAUUGGAGCUUAAAGAGUUGACAGAUUACAGCAAUUUUUCGACUCAAGAGUUGAAAAAAUGACUGUAAUCUGUCAAUUUAUUUAGAUGCUCUAAAAUGGUCACGACAUUCAUAUACAUCAAACUUACAUUUCUCUAACCUUAAUGAGCAAUUUUCUCACAAAAACAUCAAGGUCCUGGGAUGUAUUUGAUUAUGAAUUUUGUCAAAACCUCCCCUUAAUUUACUCUUUGGUCUCUUACACUAUAAAUUAAAGAUUUACUCCGAAAACCGGUGGUCAGACGCGUUUAAUUUGUAGAAUAAUAUGCUCUUGUAUAGAAUAUGAACGGCAGCUCAAUAUGACUUAUUUAAAGUAAGCCAUUAGUUUUUAUCUCAUACAUAUUACAUAUUAUCGAUAUUUACUACAUAUUUUAGAUAACCUAUGAUAAAAAAAUAUAAAGGCAGUGAUACACAUGACUGGGGCGGCCUGAAAUCUGAGUGUAUUGGUUCAAAUAGUUUUAAGUUUUCGUCUUAGCUAUUCUCAUCUAACAGCUUUUCUACUAUUAUUAUUAGUUGGAGAGCAAAGAGGAAGCAAUAUGUAAAACAUGCCUAAUAUACUCUUUAAAACAAUUGCAUGCUUCCAAAAGCAUGCCAGAUACCCAUGGGCAAUUUCAAACUGUUAAUCAAGGUAGGCUAGUAGCUAGAUGAAAAAAGAUUCUAGAAAAUUGCAAGGCGUUUGAUAUUUCUCCCCCUAAUGGAAUUGUCAGGGAAAGCUGCAAUUUGUUUUCUUCUUCUUUUCUUGUUUGGUGGCUUUUUGAAUUUGCAUUUCAACUGGCACUCCCCGAAGCGUAUCUAGAAACUAGCAUUCGCAAUAGUGGCAUGUUAACAUCUUGAUGAGAAUGCCAGUACUCGGAAUAUCGAUCUCGGCUUGCUAGUCCCUCGCAUGCCAUCUGCGGGCAUGUGUAUCAUGACCUUUAUUCCUGGCACUAUUCUAUCGCGUUUAUUUUUAUACAUCAAAUGCAUAUCUUUCUUCUACAAAUUGUUUAGGACCACAACAAAGAUAAAUUCUAUUUUUAAGACUAUUUAAGAUUUAAAUUAAAAUGAUAAAUUUUGACAUCUAUUCUUCUAUGUAGACGCUAAUAUAGUAUUCAUUAGCAUUUAUCAAUUUUUCUCAUUAGCACUACUGAUUAACAGCUAGGAUUUCGUUUUAGCAUCUGUAUAGCAUUUUGGGUGAUAUCAUUCGAAAUUAUUUAUGCUCCAUAAUAGCACACAAUUUUUCGAGUAUUUUUCCAGAGAGAUAUGAUAUUUCAUAGUUAAAUGGUUGCUUUACAUUGGGUCAGUUACUGAAUUUUGCAACUGUCUAAGUUUAGUCGGCGAUUCUUGAGCCUCUAAAUUGGCUAAAUCUAGCUUUGUUUUUUUGAGUUUUGUAUCUAGAUUAUAAGUCAAGAGUUUUGUGUGACGAUUGCUAAAAGUUACACAAAAGGGGAGAUGACUUGCAACGAAGGUAUGAGACAGUAACCUGCCUAAUGUAAAUCCUCCUUUACGCGUUAAUUAAUAUCAAUUAUAGCAAAUGUAAAAUCUAUUUUGGUACGGAUGUCGAGUGAGCUGUAUGUCCCCUGUGGAUAUGCAGCUCGGAGUAUUUUUGUAGGCGCACGCGGUUUGGCCACCGGGCGACGUUGGUGCUUGCGGGCGUGAGAGAGCGAGUAUUAGGUGUUGUGAUCGUAGCUGUGUAGUUAGCACUGUUCGCUUGUCUGUCUGCUUACCGGUGACGCUACGUGCUCAGCUUGUAUAUUAUUUUGAACCCCUUACUUUAUACUGUUUUCUGUUUGACAGAUUGCGUUGAAUUGAAUAGAAGCACGAUUUGUGGCUGGUUAAAAUAAAUUCAACAGUUCUUUGCGAUGCGUACAAUACUAUCAAAUCUGCGAUGGUCUUGAUAUUUUUGUUUUGUAAGUUUACUGUCCCAAAAAAUAUUUUUUAAUCGUCAAAAAGAAAAUAGUAUAAUAGUGCGGGUGACAUAUUAACACCGGUUAUUGGUUAAGUGUUGGAUGGAACUGAAGAAGCCGCCUUGUAUAUCGCAUUAUACAGUAUUUAUGAUAUUAUCUGGAAUCUCGGACUACCCUCGAAUGUAUUGGUUUCACUGUUAAGUGUAUGUAGCUAGCUAAGACGUGAUGUAAAUGUUAUAUUUUGGCAGGCGGAGGUUAUUACCCUUUCCAAGUUUCUAAAUCUAAUGUGAAAAGCAAAGUAAGUUUUUACUCACUGAGCGCAAUUUACGUUAGGAUGAUUUGCCUUUUUAGGGCUCAAAUGAAUCUAUACUUCAUGCUCUACAUGAUGUUAAACUGAUGUUUUUCGAUCUCUUUUAAUAUCUGAGAUAUUGGUAUGGUCAAGUGCCGCAAGUAUAGAAAAAACUGUAAUACGUCAAAAAAAUGUACUUUGCCUAAAAUGGCAAUUCUUACACAUUAGAAAUUCUAAUGAAAUAAUCUUCGACGAUUUCGGCUACCUCACUCACUCUUUUCGUUUGUGAGUGAAGUUAGCAACAGCUGUCAAGAUUAUUGUUAACAGCAUUUGAAGCAUGUAGCCUCCGUCAUACAAAAACAACAUUAUAGCCUAAUCCAAAUGCUAGUACGGAUGUAUUGACACCUAAUAACUUCACUCAUAGUGUAAUAAUAUUGUCAACAUCACUAAGUUGUGGGUGAACAAGUAGGAACUGUCAAUAUGUAUCUGUUAACAUUUGAAUAGGGCAAUAAAAUUAUGUAGAUAUACUUAGUAGAUUUUUUGUAUCUCCCAGUUUAUCAUACUUUAUGCACCUCGCUAAGUUAUGACAAAUUGAUGUGCCGAAUUUGAUGCGACAAUCCUUAUUUGGUUCUAGCAGAAAUUGUUUAUAAUUUCGGGAUUACCGAUUGACCUUGUAGAAAAACAUCACCAGUUAAAGCAAAGCUUGUGUCCGUGUGGGCCAGUACUGUGACAAAAGAGGAUAUAUCCUCCCCUCGAAAAGCCGCGUUGCUUAUAAGUUGCUGGGCUCACUUGAAAUGCCCGCUCUUCAGUCACGGCGUAAACAACAGCGUGGAUAUUUCCCUACGUUCAUGAAUGGUUGGUUGAUUUACUUGAAGUGAAGAGCAGGCAUAGCACGCCCACGUGGCGCGGCGUGUUGCAAAUGUGUUUCCAGCAUUAUUGUCUCGAUCCCGCGUAUCUCACUUGUAUCUCGUGUUAGUUAAGGUUUCGUGUUAUCUAAUGUUAGGCAGCUAAGGCGUUCGCUUGUCGCUCUAAUGUAAUGUAAUAUUAUCUAUUUUUCAUACCGAAGUAUUUAUUUCAUCUUUAACAAUUCUCUUAAUUUACCUGCGCUGUUGGUCAAAUUCAACUGUAACAAAAUCUUUCCACUUACAUUUAACGUUAUUGCUUAUUAAUUGGAAUAACGUUUAGUACUCUUAAAUAAUUAACGUUAUUUUUAGUAACGUUAUGCGUUACGUGUGUAACAAAGACUAAAGACGUAUUUAAUCACCUUCAUAAACAAACAAAUAUAUUUUAACGAAAUAAACUUUAAUACGUGCAUUAUUUCAAGUGGAUAUUUAUAAUUUCGUACUGACAAAUCCCAUAUUUAAUUUUAAUCAAAUAUUGAAUUUAUUUGUGUGAUAAUUGAAUAUAUAUUUCAAUUCAAUAUUUUUGUACAGUUGAGUUUGUUCAACGGUUAAAUUAUUCUUAUGACAGCUUAUUUAAUAUGUAUUUAUAAAUAUUUAUUUAUUCAUACGCCUGAAAGGUGUCGGGUCCUAAAUAAUACAUUCCACGCGGUCAAACCAUGUUGAUUUUAUAAAUUCUCCCAUGUUUGCGUUUUACAAUAAUAAGACGAUCAGAUGUGAUCUGAAUAACGUUUAUCAGAACUGGACUCAUGUUGCGACAGCGUUUCAUAGUAUUAAAUAACUAUCUACUUAUUUUCCUUUUUCGAGGGCCAGACUAGUGACUUUCUGUCACUGUGACUGAAAUGUACUAGGACUGUUAGACACAGUAUAUAAAUAAAUAACGUUAUAUUUGGAACAGUAACAAAUAAUAACGUUAUUUUUUGUAACAGUGACAAAAAUCACUACUAUGGUCGCAGUCUUAGUGUAUACUAAUUCCCAGUUACUAAUUUAAUAUUUAAUUGCUAACAUAACCUUUAUAUUGUUCUCAUUUGAGCUUACCUACUGUGUAACGAUCGGUACCUUAUAUUGUAACAUGCAUUAUUAUAUUUGAAAAGCACUGUUAUAUUAUAGCCCCUUUAAGUUGUUUGUUAAGGAGUCUUUAUCAUGUCUAUUGUCUAGUAAGAAUUUAAUAUAUAUUAUGUAAUAUUUAAUUAUACCUGGUUAGUUAAACUAUUUUCCAUUUGACUUAAUAUUAGUUAGUGUAAUUCGUAUAGCAUUAUACCGAUUACCGAUUUGGUUAUCGAUAUAAAAAACGAUACACUUAAUGGUCAAAAAAUGUAUGCAAACUUCAGAUAGAAAAUAGUAUAUUGGAUCGGGUAUAGAUAUAGUAGGAGAGCCUUGUUCGAUUCGCGUCUGUUUUUUGUCGCUUUUUUAUACCGCGCUGUUGAUAAUUGAAAAUUCUCUCUCUUGGACUAUUUGUUAACAUUCAAAAUGGCGAAAUAACGUUAAAAAUAAAUUAAUUGUUGAAAUCACUAAAAUUACGGUGAUAUAUGAUCACUGCCUUUUCCCCUAAGAAUAAAUUAGAGUUUUCUAUAUAAUUGUGUUCAUUUUGUAGUUUUACCUUUUUAUUGCGCGACGCACUUGCGAUCAGUUCUCAUUAAUAAUUAGGAAGAUUUUGAGCGCGACUGUAGUUUCAUUGCUGUUGUCUGAAUUUUUAGUACGAUAAUAAAGCAUUACAAGAAUAACAGUCAGUAACAAUUCCGUUGCAUUUGUACUUUUACAUCAGAGAAAUAAUCUCAUCGUUCUUCAAUUAUAACAAUUUCAGUCAAUAGUCGAUUUGAAUAUGAAUCGAUUGUAGGUAUUUGCAAUUGCUCAGUUCCUAUUGUGCGCGAGUGCGUUGCGCAAAAUAUAACACCCCUGUUUGUAAUAACGACAGUUAGUCAACUUGCCUUAUAUAUUAUCUGUAAAGGACCUCUAUAUUAUGAUAUAUUUAUUUGAGUUUAGGAGAUUUUUCAUUUAAUUAACGAAGAGUUGCUGUUCGUGAAGAAAUGCACAAUAUUAUUAUGCAUUUAUCUACCGAAUAGAACGUCACAAAAUGUGUAAAACCACUUUACUUUUUAUUCCGAAUUAUUAAUUUGUAUUGAUAAUAUAAAUAAAUGAACAUGACAAACCGCUGUUUAAUCUGUGCGAUCAAAUAAAUGUAUAGUUUAACAUGCAUACAUUUAUUUGCCCGCAAGUGUACUUUCAAUAGAAUUAAUGAUUUUAAAAUGUAACAAAAUAAAUAACAUUAGAAUUGUGUAUUCUCGAUAAAUAAAUGAUUCUUUGUAGCAUUUAAGUCUGUAGAAAUUUGUAAUAAAGACACUUUGUUACAUUAUUAUAAAAAAAUAUAUUUUUAGUCUGUGCACAAAAUUAUGAUUUGAUCAACAAAAUGAUUUAAUUUAAUGAAAAGUAAAUUUAAGAUAUUUGUCUCAGACAAGAUCAUUUAGAUUGUUUCGACGCAUAGAUUAAAAUAAUUUAUGAAAGUAAUUUUAUGUUAUUAAUAACAAUUGGAAUUGGUACUACGAUUCUAUUAUGUAAACAAACGUGUCUUUAAUAUGAAACAAUAGCCUACUUUUGAAGUCUUUUCGAAAACUGUUUACCCUCGAUUGCAUUGAAAGUGGAAUAUUGACGAAUCAGUGCCCCGCAGUAAAUAUUACACAUCAAGUAUUAGAAAGAGUAAAAUGUCGCCUCAGUCACAUAUAUAGUCAUAUAUAUAUGACAACAAAACGUCACAUAUGUAUGAGUGACAGAGACGACGCUUUACAAAGCUGGAGAUUUUAUCUCUUUCUAAAGCUCGAUAUAUUAUAUUUACUGCUGGGUACUGCAGUAAUUAGUGGUCUCUGUCACUUCUGGCGUUGGCGAUUGAGUUACGAAUUAAUAAUUUACUCUGUUUAUUUCGCAUUAAGUGACGAUAAUUUAUUGUAACUACGAUGGAUAUUUUUUUAUGUUGCAUAGAAAAUAAAUUUUAAGAAAUUA